GUCUGAUGCGUCCCGUGAUGGAUUCCGACGACAAUACCGUCGUUGCGAAUUGCGAUCAUUGUCCGCCCCCUUGUCGGCGGAGCCCACGACAUUGAUAACGCCCGUGGCGGCGAACGUUAUCAACGCAAUGCAACAACACAUAAGUGAUAGAACAAUAGUGUCCAUACAUUUACAUUACUAAUUACGGUCACUUCGUAGAAUAUCAUCAUCAUUAUUAUCAUCAUCGUUGUUAUUAUUUUAAUUGGAGAAUACAUUGUGCGAUAUAGAAUUAAUAAUAAUUCGUCGCCGGGAGUACACAACGCGCACUCUCACACACACGCACACGCAAGGCGACGACCAAUUGGAUCGAUUUUCGUGGCUCGUUUGUGUAACAGACUCGGACUCGGUGGUCACGUCAAGUGUUUUGAUAAUCGUGUCCUCGCAAACCGCCGCCGCACCCUCCUCCGCUACAGUUUGAUCUCUGUGUGUGAGCGCUCCCUUUGUUUGGCGCGCGUGUAUUUUUUUGCCGCCGACGCAGGACAAGCCGGUGUGGUUGCACAGGGACAUAAAGCUAAGAAGAAGAAUCGUCAUUUCGGUCCCUGUAAUUUUGGAUACGCUGAAAAGAAUUACUUAAGCAGGAAAUAAUAUAGGUAAGGGUUUUUUUCCACCUCCCUGGUAAAUUCGUCAAACAUUGGACAGUAACAGAGUAAUUUGCUCAAGACGACUACAGAUACUAUGAUCGUGAAUAUUAAAUAUUCCUAUGCUCAUCCUACGUACUACUAAGCCAUACCAUCCCAUUGGUGUCAACAGCAAACAUCAUGAUUGAACCCAUGAUAUCUUAAGUUGGUGAGCAAGUGCAGUAACCUAAAGCUUUUUACUUAACACACAGUAGCAGUAGCAUCUACGCACAUCUUCUAUACUACGAUCACUACUCCUAAAAUGAAGGUUUUAGUAUUGUAUGAUUUUGUGGGUGAACCCGGCUCAUCAGAACUGUCAGUGACUGCUGGCGAAACACUGUUGGUAACACGUCAGGAUGUCGGUGAGGGCUGGUGGGAAGGAACAAGUGCAUCUGGCCGCACAGGCUUGUUUCCAGCGGCAUAUGUUGAGGAAAUUAAAACCAUAAAAGAUGACAGAACAGAUGAAAGUAAACCACCACCAGCUUUACCGCCACCACCAUUACCGCCAUCAACAGAUCCAUGGGGAGUUGACGAUCAACAAAAUGAGUUUUAUUCACAAGUACCCGGCAGUCAAAAUCAGCAACAAAAUGCAUAUCCACAUCAACAGUCACCUGAUGAUUAUUAUGACGAUGAAUGGGAUGAUGAUUCUGAAUAUGGUGGUGGCAGUACUGUGGCUUCAUCUGCUGCUAUACCUCCAACUAUUCAGUAUCCAGCUAUAGGAACAAAGUCAACAUCGAUAAGAAAAACAACAGGCAAGACAGCUGCAACAACUGGUGGUAGCAGUUCUCGGUUUUCUAAGUUGGUAGGUGGUGGUGACGCAUCAUAUAUAAUGGGUGCCAUCCAGCCACCCAUCCACUUACCUGAAACGGAAAACAUUACAAUUGUUGUGCGUGGUGGUACUGGUGGUGGCCCUAUGGCAGUAGAUGUUGAAUGGUGUCGAGACCACGACGAUGAACCACAGGGAUACCAGUGUGUGGUGGCAUCUCCAAAGAAGGAAUCGAAACUGAAAGGCCUGAAAUCGUUUAUUGCAUACCAAAUAACUCCAACAUUUAACAAUAUUCAAGUAUCCAGGAGGUACAAACACUUUGACUGGUUACAUGAACGGCUGUUGGAAAAAUACUGCUGUCUAGUGCCAAUACCACCAUUACCAGAUAAACAAAUUUCAGGUCGAUACGAAGAACAAUUCAUUGAACGUCGUAAACAGCAAUUGCAGGCUUUUGUAGACGCAGUGUGCCGACAUCCCGUGCUAUCACGAGGUUGGGUAUGGCGGCAACACUUUAUCACGUGUACGGACGAGAAGCGUUGGAAGACUGGAAAACGGAAGGCUGAAUCACGAAACACAAGCGCUGAGACGCUCACUGGGGCCAAUGUAUUUUUUGUAAUUAGAGUAGUGUCUGCAGAUGGUAGUAGUGAUCCCCCUCCACCUAUCAACCCAGCUAUAUUAGACCGUGAAGUGGAUGGAUUUCAGAAAUUUGUGGCUGGACUAGAGGGAGCAUUAAAAAAUAUGGCACAAACUGUUGCCGAACAAUCAAAACGUAUGCAAACAUGUUAUAAACGUGAUGCUCAAAGGUUAGGCCAGUCAUUUUAUAUGCUAGGUCAUGCAUAUAGUGGCGCGUCAUCUUCAUCAAUUGGAGAUACUAGUGGUAAUGGAAAUGUGAUAAGUCUAACUACCCGACAGCUGAUGACAGCACUGAAGAAAACUGGUGAUGUGUACAAUGAAAUGGGUGGACGGCUGAUGGACGAGCUACCCGUUGUAGGAUGGGACUCAUUUGCUGACAUGUUACAUGUGUACCGUGGUGUUGCAGGUGCGUUCCCUGAUAUACUGGCCGUGCACAAGAGUGCAGUGCAGAAACGUAAAGAAUGUGAAAGACAGUACUCAGAAGGUUUACCAAUUGGCAGCAGUGGAAGUGAUGGAACUGGAGGAUCUAGUGGUGGAGCAUCGUCGUCUGGCUCUGGCGGUAGUGGGGCUGUAGCAGUAGCAGACCCAGAACAACAGCGGCGGCUGCUGCGUGAGAUGCAACGUCGUACUGACGUAGUGUCGUAUGCUCUGUUAGCAGAGAUUAAUCAAUUUCAUCGAGAUCAUGUACUUGGCCAAAUGGCUGGCCAUGUUCGUCAGCUUUUACGCAACCAGAUAGAAUAUUACAGAAAAAUUGCUGACAGUUUAGAAAACGUGUUACACAUGUACCCUGAUAAUGGUGAUGAAGACUCUAUAGGAGUUGGAGUAGACCAUCAUUAUGAGCAACAACACUACAACCAAGGAAUAAUCGAUGAUACUUAUCAACAUCAAUAUUAUUCAAAUCAGUAGUAGUUUAGUGGAAUGGGUAAUAUAAAACAUGGUAAAUAACUAGAAUGCAAUUGGUUUUAAAACUGCUUAAUGCUUAUACAUGCUUAACACAUGUAACACCUACCCAUAUUAUAAUAUUAGGGAUCGUAUGAUUAUUUUUUAAAUUAUCUUAGACUGUCAAUAACGCACCAAUACCAUCUAAACAAAAAACUAUUGUCAUUCUUAUCAAACAUAUUGAUAAUAUUUUUUGGGGACUUCACACAAUAACCCCUACUAGUAAUUUUACCGUUAUCCCUAAAUGAAACAUUUUAGUUUGUUAAUUGUUUUUGAUAAUACUUGAUUAUUAUUUUCGUUGUUAUUCCAUCAGUGAUUUUUUUUUCUUCAAUUUAUUACAGUGUAUUAAUUAUAUUACUAUGAUUAUUACAAUACUACUAUGCUUAUGCCCAUUGUUUUUAUAAAUGUUACUAGACGUGGGAUUUAUAUUCUUUUCAGUGUGUAAAAUAUUGUUUUUAAAUUUAUGUUACUGUAAAAGUUGCUAAUUUAACAUACUCAAUUAUCAUAAUAAUGAUUCAAAUUAUAUGUAUUAAAAUACAUAUUGAAUAUGUUGAUAAUUAGAUAAUGCAAAAAUUGACAAAUCAUGGCCAAUUUAGAAGUUUCCUAUAGUUUUUAAAAUAUUAGUGAAAUGCAAUGAUAUUUACAUUAAACACUUUGUGAAACUCGAUUUAGUCAGCUAUUAUUAAAAACAAAACCCCUUUUGAAGAUCUGAAAUGUCGUCCAAUAUUUUUAUAUUGAAUUCUAAUAAUCAAGAUUUGUUGAAAUAUCCAAAUUUUGUUUAACCCAUUAGCGCCCAGUGUUAAUAUAUGGCAACGUUUAUAGGCUCUAUUUUAAAAAAAAAAAUUUAUUUUAAUAUGAGUGUAUUUAUAGAAGUUCUCAACAAAAAUUUAUUGAAAAUUUAAAAAAAAAUAAUUUGGGCGCUAAUAGGUUAAAAGCAAUGACUAAAAAAAUGUGUAUUUUUUUAACACUAGAAUUUUAAUGUAAAUUAUAUGUUAACAUUUACCAUAAUUGAUAAAAUCUAACAAGUGAUAAUUUCGACUUUAACCUUAAUAUUAUUGGGACCAAUUUUUUUAUACAUAAUAAGUUAUAAUUGUAUGCAUUUUUCCAAUUUAAAUCAUGGUAUUUGUUUUAUUUACAUAUUUAUUUAUAGUAUAAUUCCUAGGGAUAUAUGUAUAUUUAUUUUAUUUUUAUUACAUAAUAUUAUAUAUGUAUGUAUACAUCUAUGUAUUUUAUUUUUAUUUACUUUACAUGUGCCAUUGAUUGGGUGUUAAUUAUUAUGUAACUUUGUAACUUAAAAGGGUCUAUUAAAUGCAUGUUAACUAAAUUUAUCUAUAAUAUGUGGUAUGAGUAUGUAUUAAAUAAUUUACUUAAAAUAAAUAUGUAUCCUGUGGCUAGUCUGAUAUAUAAUAUAAUAUGUCAUUAUUAUAAGUUAUUACCAUUUUUUCUGUUUGUUAACAACACCAAUAUUAGAUUAUUAUCUUACCAACACUAAUUUUGGGUGCAGUGUAUGUAUAUUACAUGAAUAUAUUCAGAUAUGUUACACCUUUUUUUUUAGCUUAUAUUUAUAGAUUGUAUUACAUUUAUAAUAGAUACCAAAAUACAAUUAGCUGAUAAUUCUAUUUUUUAUACUUCAUACAUGUAUUUAAUAAUAAUUAUUAAUUAAUAUAUAUUAUAAUAACUAUACCUAUAAUGCAUAUUAAAUAUAUUUGUAUACUUUUAUGAAAUUAAAUCUUAACAGUACAAUUUUGUUCAAUCAUUCAUCAUUACUAAGACAAUAAUGGCUAUGUGAUUCUUAUUUCUGGCUAUACUGAUAGUACAAUAACUGAGAUUUUAUCAUAUUAAAAACAAGAUGUCAAUGUAAGUUUUAGUUUGAGAUAAGUUUUCUAGUUUGUAAAUUUGUAACGGUAAAUCAAAGCUGUAUUUUUGUAA